CCUGCCCUUUUCUUUCUUCCGCCACUUGCUCCACGCGUGCCCGGUCAGCGCCCACGCAUCCAUCUCCUUCCUCCCCUCAACCCAUCCCUGCUGCCCGAUUCUCGUCCUUUUGCGAACCGGGAGGGGCCUGGUGCGGGCUUCCGUAGCCGAAGCGGAAACGUCCACGUCGGCAGCCGUCACGUGCAGGCGUGGCUCCACGUGGAGGGCGGCAUCGCAAGCGAUGACGAGAUGUAGCCGCCCCCUUUCCCUUUCCUUUUUCUUCUAUGUCGGUGGGAGAGCGGUUGGGGCUGGGAUUCUCUCUCUCUCCACUUGCUCUACGUGGCCACCGCUGCAGCCGACAUCCGACCUUUUGGUUUUGCGUGCUUUUUGAUCUGAUCUAGGAAAUGCUGCGCCUGCUACAAAUAAGCUUAACAAACGGCUCCAACUGCCUCGCCUCCUUUCGACAAACAUGCCACGCGGCGCCACAUCGCCUCCAAAGUUGGCAGUCUGUGACGAGUUCAAGUUAUAAGCAAGAGAGACAGAGAGACGGAGAGAGAGGGGGGGGAUCGAGAUGGAGGGCGGGUGCUGCUCCACGAGCGAGGAGACGAGAAAGCCGGCACCUGCGGCGGCGAGAAGGACCGCUUCCGCCGCGGCGGCAACGGCGGGGGCCGCGAAGGAGCGGCCGUAUAGAGGAGUCCGGAUGAGGAAGUGGGGGAAGUGGGUGGCGGAGAUACGGGAGCCCAACAAGCGGUCCCGGAUAUGGCUGGGGUCCUACUCCACCCCCGUGGCGGCGGCCCGCGCAUACGACACCGCCGUUUUCUACCUCCGGGGCCGCUCCGCCCGCCUCAACUUCCCCGAGGAGCUCGCCGCCGAGGAGGACUGCGAGGCCGCCGGGCGCAUGUCGGCCGCGUCUAUCCGGAAGAAGGCCACCGAGGUGGGGGCGAGGGUGGACGCUCUCCAGAGCUGCCUCCUCUCCCAGCGGCGGCAGCAGCAGCAGCAGCAGUCGAACCGUUCACCGCGCGCGCCCAAGCAUCCGGAUCUCAAUCAGGAGCCAAGCCCCGAGAGUUCCGACGUGGAUUGAUGUGAUCGACAAGGAGAAAACAGAGGUAGUUUAGCUUGCCUUGGCUUGGCUUAGGCCAAAUCAAUCAUCGAUCUCUCCUCGUGAGCAGAAGAAAAAAAAAAAGACCGUCGCCGGCUAUGGCUGCACCCACGGAAGAGAAGAAGAAGAAGCUAGAAAGAAAUUCACCGUCAAGAGAGUGAUGGUUUUGGUUCUUGUUCUUGUUCGUUGUUUAGUUGUUUUCGCUUUAUUUUAUAUAUAAAAAUUCGAGAUGAGAUGUUUGUUUCUUUAUUUGUUUUUGUUUUUUCGUUUUGAGUUGUCGAAUUAAGUGGAGGACUGGGGAAGAAAGUA